AUGCUUCUGAAGCUCAUGGGGGAACCUCUGUGUGGUUCUCCUCCAGCCCUGAUGACAAUUCCAGCUCGGCGCCAGUUCCGGUGUGGCCAGUGCUCCUUCACCACGGUGUACAAGUGCAGCCUCAUUGUGCACCAGCGUACCCACACGGGCGAGCGCCCUUUCCAGUGCCGCCUGUGCGCCCGCACUUUCGCGCACAAGUGCAACCUCAAGAGCCACUUGCGGACGCACACGGGAGAACGGCCCUACCAGUGUCCCAUGUGCCCACAUAACUUCACCCAGCACGGUGCACUCACUGCGCACCUGCACGCACACCAUGGUGGUGCCACCACCUUGAUGCCAUCCAUUCAGCGAUGCACGCUUUGUCUCAGUUUGUUCAACUCACCCAAAGAGCUCAGGGCACACAUGCAUGCAGUACACCCCUAA